AAGGCGAAGUGACUUCUGAGGGAUCAUCGCUUCUCUGUUUGCUCCCAGGGUCACAUUUUUCUUUGCAUUAAGGAGUCUAAAGUUUCCUCUCACUUCAGGAUUUCUGACAUGAACAUGAAAGAUAAAGAGGGACAAACAUCAUCUGAUCUAUUCUUUCUUGUCUGGACCAUGUGAGCUGCACCAAAGUUGAUGGAUUUUUACUCGAUAAUGGUGGGAGAUUGAUUUGCAUCCUUACCGGGCUAUGAUUGAUUUUGGGAAUAUCUGACUCAGCAAAGAUACUGUGCAUCCUCGCAGGAAUCAUGCUUUUCAUAAUACUGACAUUAAUCCUCCUACAAGGUGUCAUGAUGUCCCAUGCCUUGGUCAAAUCUGAGAUCAGUUCUGGAGAUGUCACAGACUCCAAAGAGUUUGUCUCUGCGAGUUCACAGCUGUCUGAAACUGCAAAGUCCAGACAAAAGCGCUGCACCUGUUAUUCCUACAAGGAUAAAGAGUGCGUGUACUACUGCCACUUGGAUAUCAUCUGGAUCAACACUCCCGAGCGCACUGUUCCCUAUGGAAUGUCGAGCUACAGAGGACCUCAGCGAACCAGACGUGCCGUUGAUGGACAACCGUCUGGACGCGAGUCGGCAAAUACGCCUCGCUGCGUUUGUGCCGUGAUUGGUGCAGACCCUGAAUGCAACCAUUUUUGUCUGUCAAGCCCCCUGCAAGAUCUGUCAAUCAAGAGUCUCCACAGAAACCCCAGCCUCGGAUGACAGUUUGACGCCUCUCCAUCUUCUGCUCUUGUUCUUGGGUGAAUGGACCCUUCCCUCCUCAUUGGCCCCCUUCGCCCUCCGUUUGGCAUCUUGCCUCCACAGGUACAAACAGUCAAGGGAAGAACUUUGGAGCUGAACGCUGCCGACAUUCCUCAGCAUCAUAAGUCUUGGAGCAAGUUCCAUCAGGCAAAGUGGUUUCAAGAGCUCCUCAGAAAAUUCGAUACAGAUCCCUGGAGGCUAUCCCCUUUUUUAUUCCCUCCUGUGAGGAGCAUUUGUCAAAGUUGAUCAAACCAACCCUUUGUAUUAUUUCCUGGUUUUGUGGACCAUACUUGAAUCAAUCUUUCAAACCAAUAAGAUAAGCUUGUAUCAAAUUAUAAAGGACAACAAAGACAGAAAAUAAGGAGAAGCAAAAAAGUGCCGGGAGGAGCACUGGGAAAUGGGACCGAGGCACGAUCUUGUGAUAUCUUGCCAUUAAAAAUACUGAAUCCCACCAGCAGCUUUUGGCCACUUGUGUUAUGGAGCAUAUUACUGGAGCUUUGGUUGGUGCAAUUAUUUACAGAUGCAUUCAGUUUGCAUAUUUUGUUCAUAUUAGUUCUUUUAGCAACAAACAUUUAUUGUAUGCAACUGAAUUUUCUGUCAUGCUCGUUUUGCUUUUUCCUCACCACUACUGACUAACACUGACCCUGUGUAUCCUGUACGACAGCUUUAACUGAUGUAAUUAAUUGUUUUGAACUGUGGGUUGCAUAAAUGUCAUUCAGUAAGGGCGACAACAUUCUAGAUGUUUCCAAACACCAAAAACCGACUGUUAAUAGGUUUUGUCUGUGAAGUCAAACCCUGGUUUAGCUGAUUCCCUUCUCACACAGAGCUCCAUUGUGAUAUUAAAAUAAUAAUACUAGCAUGUUAAUGAGCCACAUUAUUGUAGUGGGUGAUACGUUCCUUCAUGUCUUGAUAAACACGGGCACUGUCAGUUAUUUUUCAAUCCAAUACCAUUGUCCUGCUUGCACAAAUACUCAUAAGUGCAUCAAAUAUAGCUAUAUAAAAAUACACAUUUUUACCCCGUUUGAGUCCCGUUUGAUAAAAACUACAGUGGGCUGAGUACUACUGACACAUUUUGUGGGUUUAGGUCUUGUAAUGGGUUCAAUAGCAAUAAGAAAAACACCAAAUAACACCAGCUUUAUCCUUCAAGUGAGACAUUUUUGUGGGCUGUAGAAAAAAACCUGACAGCACCAUAUUACCCAAAGGCUAAACAUACUGUGAUUUAACCACAUCGAAUUCCAUGAAGCUUUGCUACCAACAGAAUAGGACAACAUGCAGAGUGUUUCUGAGACCACAUGUUCUUCCACUGAUCAGUUACUGAAUCUAUUCCUUUGACUGUUGCUUCUAUGUCGUGUUAAAACAUUUGCUAUGAGUUCUCAGCAGCAGCAGAAAUAGCUGUCAUGCAUAAUUUAAACAAACCUUUGUGCUAUUUUUUGGCAGCACUGUGUCACCAAACCGAACUCUUAAUUUAAUUAUGCGGUUUACUGCAGAAAAUAAAAAUGGACAAUGAAAGCAGUAAGUGGACAAGCAUUCAGUAGUGCCUACUGGUUUGUUUGUGGUUAGAGCAGACAUUUCCACGAAAGGGAAUUAAAUAUGACACAACACUUGGCACAGUCUUCGCAUUGGGCUCUCAAGCUCAAACUGGGAAUAAGGUUUUUUUUGCAUUUAUAGAUUCGAUAGGGAAUGUUGAACAUACACAGGGAGAUGGGGAACGAGCAUUAAAGAAUGUGUCUUAAUGCAAAACUUAAUUAUGAAUGUAUCACUAGAAUCAGUGCACAAGAACCUCGUAUACUUACGAGAGGAUAUUUUUAUAUGAGGAACAUAUAAAGUUUAUGGUGUUAUAAAUAUCCCCCGUGUUUUAAAGUUUUGUUUAAACCUCCAGAGUCUAAACAUACGCCCAAGAAUCAGACGAAGAUCAUGAUGAUCUGACAUAAAGCAGAAAAACUCACACAUCCCCGCUCAACAAGCAGUGGCCUCCUCACUUUGUAUAUGUAUAGUAUGUAUGUAUGUAUGAGUUCUGUGUACAUUUAUAAAUCCUAUAUUUCAAUAUCUUAAUAUAUCAACACAUAGCAGGGUAAUGUAAAGGGAAUAGUUAUGGAAUUAUAUGAUGAGAGCACAAUCUUUUACCUGUAUGGAACUGUAUUGCUCAGAGUGAACUGCUGGUAUUUGCAUGGAUCAACCACAAUGUUAAAACCACUUGCCUAAUACUAUGUAGGUCAUACCUCAGAGGUUCCUGUGGUGUCUAAGACUGGCACUUUGACAUUUUGGGUCCUGUGGGUUGCCAGGUGGCGCCUCCAUGGAUCAGGCUUGUUCUGGCAUAUCCCACGGAUGCUCGAUCAGAUUGAAAAGUGUGAAAUUUGGAAGCAGGCCAACACCUUGGGCUGUUUGCCGUGUUCCUCAAUCAGUUCCUUAGCAGUUUUUGUGGUGUUUGGUCUGGAGUAAUAUUUACAUGGGUGGUACGUGUCCAAGCAGCAGCCACCAAGUGACUGCCAGAAUCCAAGGUUUCCCAACAGAACAUUGACUAAUGUGACACAUUUCACCUUUCAGUGGUUUUAUUGUUGUGGUUGAUCGGUGCAUAUAUCUCUAUAGUUACUCUCCAGUCAGUUACCAGCAAGUAUUCUGGUUUCACUGUUGAUAAAGAUUCUAGUUUGUAGAGGAAUUCCUUUUCUCCCUUCAACUUCCAACUUAAGAUAUAUUGCAGGAACCUAUUUCGUCUCUACUAGUGACUAAUUUCAUGUUAUGUACUUUUAAUUAAACAUAUUGUGACUUUAUUCAUUGUUUACAGCCAAUGUUUUGAGAAGCAUGAACUCUAAUGGAUCUUUUUUGGACCAAUUGGUUUCCUUGGGAUGGAAAUGACAGUGAGGGAUUAUGUCAGAUUUGUCAAUUGUCACACAUUUUUUUAGACAGUACAAGUUUCUGUAACAUUACAAAUGGUCCUGGUAUUUUCCCUCAUGUUCUGGAGCAUUCUAAUACACUACAAAAUAAGAACAGCUAAUGCUGCAGUUCCCUACUCAGUUGCUUUUGAAGUCAAUUGCAAGUCAUGGCAACAACCAAAAAGCUUAGCAAGCUUGCUAUUAGGAUCCAUUACUGAAAGCGAGCUGUGCAUUGUGGCUGCUCACAUGACUGGAAAGGCUUUUAAGGCAUAUCUAAGUGUUUUCAAGUGCCAGUCAAAAAGCGUAAGGAAAGCUCUCAAAGGGUGUGGUAUUUGAAAGUAACACCUGUACAGGCAAGAAAGGCAGUACGAGAGGCCAAGAAGAAUCCGAGGUUCACCACCAAGGCCACCCAGAUGAAUCUGAGCAAUCCUGAUACCUAAAAAUGUGGAUAUCUGACACUCUAGUGGACAAGGACACCAUGGAGGUGGAUCAAGCAGGACUCCUACUCCAAGACAGGCAUACAAAAGCUCCCUUAGUCUUUGCAAAGUUUCACCUGGACAAAGAAAAUCAUUUUUGGUCAGCAAUCCUGUGGUUUGAUGACACUUAAAUGGAGCUGUUUGGACAUGAGGACUUGGCUUAUGUUUGGCGAAAGAAAGGAAAAGCGUUUAACCACAAGAACACCAUCCCCACGGUCAAGAAUGGAAUGGAAUGCUUUGGGCUUGUUUUUAAGCCAGUGCACUGGGAAACCUUGUCAAAGUCAACUACUUCAUGAGAAAAUGGGACUAUGUUAAGAUUCUGAUGGAAUACAAUUAGGCAGUCUACAAAAAAAAACAUGGCCUUGGACAGCAUUGAACCCUACAACAGGACAAUGAUCUGAAACAUAGAGCGAAGUGGCCAAGAAAUGGUUUAAAGAAAACGAUAUCAACAUUUUGAAGCCACAGUUCAGACCUGAAUUCCGCUAAAAAUCUGCAGAGGGAGCAAAAGACCAGAGUGAAGGCAAGGGAGCCUUCCAACCUCAAAGAUCUGGAGAUUCUCACAAUUGAGGAGUGGAACAAAAUCCCAGUGGAGAGGCGAAAAAAGCUGUUUAGCAGUUAUAAGAACUGCUUGGUUGCUCUGGUGUCAAAUAAAGAAUUUGUCAUUUAUCGCUAAGAAGGAAUCACCGUCAUGUUUUACUUGUUCAUGUCACUUCCAGCCAAAAGAAACCAAUUGGUCAAGUGAAAAAUCACUGAAAGUUGGGCUUAACUAUACACGUGAAAAGGGAUCAUUCCAGUUUUAUGCAUUCACUCUAUUCUUGUUGUUAAAGAAAUGACACCAAAAAUAAUUCCAAGCACUUGUCACUGACGAGGUUGCUUUUUAUUUUUCAUCACUAAGUAAAUGUUACUUUUUAUAUUAAUUGUCACUCUGUGUUGAAUAUAUUUACUUGUAAUUUGCAAAACUGUGGUGUAAAGCAGACUACAUACAGUGAAAAUAUGUAUCCUGUCCCAGUGGAAUAAAAUUCUCCAGACCAA